CGGACGCGGAUGCACACCGGAAGUAGGAGGGGGAGACCUGUAGUUGCUUCUGUAUGCGUGUAUGAAGACGGCUGGGCUGAAACCUGCAGUCUGCUGCCGGCCGACGCCAUUCGGACGAGGGGACGAGGGGAGACUGCUGAGACCCAGGUGUACGGAGUACCGGGCGCACAGCUAACAGUCGACUGAAUGUUCGUUUGGAGGCUUGAAGUGAGAGUCGAAGGAGAAAGUGCUGUACUGACCAACCCGCAGUUUGGUUUGGGGAAACUUCCAGUCUCUGGUGCUGGUGAUUUAUGAGUCAGCAGGGGGUAAAGGUGGUCCGUCAGACUUGUAAAGGACAACAAAAGAGAAGAACUUGCGACGCUGAUGCGCGGGUUAUCUCUGUGCGUCCGCGCCUUCUAGAUGCUGCCCUGAGAACGACCGGGAACAAAAUGAUGAAUGACCAGGAGGAAGAGGAGUUCAUCACCGUGAGGGUGCAGGAUCCACAGGUGCAAGAUCCAAGCUCCUGGGUCCCCUACGUCGAUUAUAAAAUAUUCCUCUACACAAACAGCAAGGCGUUCACCGUGAAAACCUCCUGCGUGCGGAGGCGCUAUCGGGAGUUCGAGUGGCUGAGACGCCGACUACAGAAGAACGCCGGGCUCGUAUCGCUCCCGGAACUGCCGGGCAAGAGGCCGUUCCUCCAGGUCAAUGACGCUGAGAGCAUCGAGAGGAGGCGACAGGGUCUGCAGCAGUUCCUGCAGAGGGUCCUGCACACAACUGUCCUCCUGUCCGACAGCCAGCUCCACCUCUUCCUGCAGACGCAGCUGUCAACAGCCGAGAUCGAGUCCUGUGUCCAGGGCCGCACGCCCUUCUCCGUCAACGAGGCCAUCCUGAGCAGCGCCCACUGCGGGAAGAGCCUGGCCCGCCGGGGGGAGGCGGAGGCGGACUGCCCCAUCGGCUACGAGUCCGAAAGCUCGCCCUGCCACGCUGCGCUGACCAGCAUCGAAGGCGCGCCAGGGAACUCUGAGCCCGUGGAAACGCCGGCCGCCUCGGGAGGGACGUGAGGUCCACGCUGGAGUGAAAUACUCUGCACGGUCGCGAGCGCACCCCGAGUUCUCAGACUCCUGCGGACGACUGACUCCCAUUCACUGUCAAAGCACUUCAAAUUGUCAACUGGAUUGAACACCAGAUGUGUGUCCUGAGCACCAACCUGUCCUCUGUAACCCCGGGAUCCGGGACUACCAAUCGAUUGAUACCCCCUGUUGUCUCAGUAACAGGGGUGCAAAAGUCAGUCGGGCAAGAGCUUUGCGGCAAGUCCCGAAAUGCCCUGGGUGGCUCUGGGAGUUCCCAGCCGAGGCACCCUGUUAGUGGUGUGUCCCAUACUCUGGGGGGGUGGGGUUGCCGUGGUUACUUGAGGAUAACCAAUCCCCGAUCUUCCACUGACCACCUACUCUCCUGUACAGACACCGGCUCACCCCGAUUCCGGCAGGCUGGCACCAGGCUACUCUACUUCCUCGUAUUGGCUGGGCUGGCUGGCAGUCUUCCCUUCUCUGCGGACACCGGCUGACCCCCAACUCCCCUUGGCUGCCCCUACACCACUUUGUUCCCUCAGCCGGGCUGGCUGUCUACUCUCCUCUACAGCACCGGCUCACCCCAAUUCCCGCAGACUACCCCGUUCACUCAGCUCUUCCUCGUGUUUGCCAGCCCGUUUGCCCUGGUUUGUUCCGACAAAACCUCCGGUCUAACAUUGAACGCCCGUGUCCUCAGCUGCCACCUCCCCCCGCCACCCGCCAUCCCCACCGCUCCAGCCCCCAAAGCCCUCCGAGGUCUCUGUCCGCCUCAGCUUCUUUCGUGGACAAAAUCAGUAUCACUCCAAAGGUGUCAAUACCCACGGUGGCUGACAGCUCUUGCGUUCUGCUCCUCUCGGACUUAAUUUAAAAUCUACCUCUUGUACCAGAUGGUGGUUUUACUGUCCCCAGCCCAACGGCACUGUGUCAGAUUGUGGUACCUUGUGAAACACUUUCAGAUGAAUCACUGCAAUAAAGGAUUAUGUUACU